AUGUCUGCAAUUAUUUUUAUUUUACAGCUCAUAAUGGCUAUUUUAAUGCUUCCUUUCUAUAUCCUUUACUACCUUGGAAUCUGGGGUUUCAUAGUAAAGAAAAUAUUUCCCUUGUUUGUAUCCAGAAUCUCUGUGUCAUAUAACAAGGUGAUGGAAAACUAUAAAAAGCGGCUAUUUAGCAACCUAUCUGACUUUGCAGGCUCCUCUAAAGAGCUCAGGCUUCUAGAGGUCGGUUGUGGCACAGGUGCCAACUUCAGAUUCUACCCCAGUGGAUGCAAAGUGACCUGCCUGGAUCUUAACCCAAACUUUCAAAAAUUUCUCAGAAAAAGCCAAGCAGACAAUGACCACCUAAAAUAUGAUGGAUUUUUGUUGGCAUCAGUGGACAACAUGACAUCAGUGGCUGAUGCCUCAAUGGAUGUGGUUGUAUGUACCCUGUUGACUUGUUCUGUGCCAAGCACACCAGCAGUACUGAAAGAGGUGCAGAGAGUCCUCAGGCCGGUGAGUUUUUAAGAUUACAGCAGCUCUCAAUGUAGCACAAGUUGGAAAGCAAAUGGUAAUAAUUGAUUGGUUGCUAUAGGCUUUGUUGAACUCUGAACAAUAAACACCCAGGUGCACUUUCCAGCUCCUCUAUUAUAGUAACUUCU